AUGUAUGUGCCGGAAAAAGAAACAGGAUUGGGAGAAGCCCCAAGAAAAUUGAGAGGAUUCAAUAGGAUGUGUGGAGGUGCCAGGAGAAGAAAGAAAGGAUUCAGUAGGAUUCGUGGAGUGCAAGGAAAAGAACUAAAGAUUCAGAGAAUCCCCAGAAGAAUUGAGAGGAUGCAGUGGCAUAUUCUAGUUCUAAGGAACAGAACAGCAAUUACACUGUUCAGGGACUGGCGGGCGAGGCUCGCCACUGGUCCCGGGACGGGCGGGCAGGCGUCCGCCACUGGUCCCGGGACUGCGGGCCGGGCCAGCCUCGGGGUCCCUGGGGACGGGCGGGCAGGCGUCCCACCAAGGCGUCCCGGGACGGGCCGGCCGGGGCCCCCCGCGGGUCCCAGGGCCGGGACGGGCGGGGCCCACCCGGGCGGGAAGGCGGUCCCAGGCCCGGUGCCCGGGAGGGCCGGGGGGGCUGGGGUCGGGCCAGGCGUUCCCGGGCCGGGCCCGGGACGGGGGCCCCGGCCGGGUACCGGGCGGGGCGGGCAGGGUCCGCAGGAGUCCCGGGACCGGGAGGGGGCCCCCGCGCGGGUCCCGGGACGGGCGCAGGCGUCCGCCAGGCGUCCGGGGACCCGGACGGGCCGGGCCACCACCCCGGGGGUCCCGGGACCGGCGCCCCCCGGGGGCGUCCCCCCCCGGGAGGGGGUCCCGGGACAAGGCGUUCAGGGACGGGCCGGCCGGGGGGGGGGGGGGGGGGGGGGGGGGGGGGGCCCCCCCCCCGCGGGUCCCGGGACGGGCGGGCAGGCGUCCGCCAGGCGGGUUCCCGGGGACGGGCCGGGCCGGGGCCCCCGCGGGGCACCGGGACGGGGCGGUCCCCCAGGCGUCCCGGGCCAGGGGCGCGGGUCCCGGGACGGCGUCCGCCAGGCGUCCCGGGACGGGUGGAGGGCAAGGCGUCCGCCAGGGGGGCCCGGGUCCCGGGGAACGGGGCCGGGCGGGGCCUCCGGCGUCCCGGGACGGGCCGGGGGGCAGGCGUCCGCAGGCGUCCCGGGACGGGCCGGCCGGGGCCCCCGCGGGCCCCGGGACGGGCGGGCAGUCCGCCAGGAGUCCGGGAACCGGCCGGGGCACCCCCGCGGGGUCCCAGGACCGGGCGGGCAGGCGUCCGCCAGGUGUCCCGGGAAGGGACGGGCGGGCAGGCGUCCGCCAGGCGUCCCGGGGACGGGCCGGGGCCCCGGGCAGGCGGGUCGACAGGCGUCCCAAGGGGACGGGGCCGGGCCGGGGCCCCCCGCGGGUCCGGGACGGGCGGGCAGGCCGUCCGCCAGGGGCGUCCCGGGACCCCGGGCCGGGCCCGGGAAGGGCCCCCGGCGGGCACCGAUGGCCCGGGCAGGCCGGUCCGGGGGCCCCCGCGGGUCCCGGGACGGGCCGGCGGCGCCCGGGCCCCCCGGCGUCCGGGACGGAGGCGUCCCGCCCAAGGAGUCCCGGGAUCUGGCGGCCGGGUGGAACAACGACAGGGUCCCGGGAGGGCCGGGCCCCAGGCGGGCCGGGACAGGCGGGUCCCGGGACGUGGGGCGGGCCGGGGCCCCCGGGGCGGGUACGGGAAACGGGGGGGCAGGCGGUCCGGGCCAGGCGUCCCGGGGCCGGGCCGGGCCGGGGGCCCCCCGGGUCACCCGGGAAGGGAGGGCAGGCGCCGCAGGCGUCCCGGGAAACCGGGCCGGAGGGGGCCCCCGCCCGGGUCCAGGACGGCGCGGGCAGGCGCCCGGGCGGGCCCCGCGUACAGGGACCCGGGGACGGGCAGGCGCCGCCAGGCGUCAGGGACGGGCCGGCAGGUGCCCCCGUGGUCCCGGGACGGGCGGGCAGGCGUCCGCCGCCGUCCCGGGACGGGCCGGCCGGGGGCCCCCGCGGGUCCCGGGCGGGCGGGCAGGCGUCCGACAGGCUUCCCCGGACGGGCCCGGCCGGGCCCGCCGCGGGUCCCGGGACGGGCGUGCGGCGUCCGCCAGGCGUCCCGGACGUGCGGCUGGGGCCCCCUCGGGUCCCCCGGGACGGGCGGCGUCUCCGCCAGGCGUCCCGGGACGGCCGGGCCCGGGGCCGGGGCCCCGCGGGGUCCCUGGGAACGGGUGGGCGGCGUCCGCCGGGCGGGUCCCGGGACGGCCGGCCGGGCCCCCGCGGGUCCCCGGAAGGGCGGGCAGCGCCUGCCAGGCGUCCCUGGGACAGGCCGGCCGUGGGGCCCCAACCCCCGCGGGGUCCCUGGGAAACGGGUCGGGCAGGCGCCCGCCAGGCCCCCGCGGGUCCCGGGACGGACGGGCAGGCGGCCGCCAGGCGUCCCGGGAUGGGCCGGCACAUUUAUUCCAGAACAUCAGAGAACAUGAAUUUUAUUUGAAAGAAGAUUCUUAA